AUGGUUGUACAGAAGAGCAUACAUCUGCCUUUAUCGAGUUUAACUUCGCCUCGGGUGCUUAUGUGUGCCUCUGUUGGUACAGAAGGUUCCGUAACAUUACAGUUGAGAGACACAAACUCUUCUAUCGAUUCUAAUCACUCCCCAGCAUCAACAUCCCUAGAAAAUGCGUUGACCAUCGGUUAUCCGGAUCCGGAAAUGUUGGCCGACGUUUUAGGCACGUUACAGACAGCCUCGCUAAAAAACAACAGUACAACAAUAACAACUAAAAGCCACAACAACAAUAUCAGCAUAAACAAUAUAACAAAUAAUAAUAAAAUCACUAUAAGUCGUCGCAAUUCGACUAUACCUAUCAAGGAAUCGAAUAAAAUUACUGUACAAACCGUAUCAACAUCAACCAAUACCACCAAUAAAACGAAUAGCUACAUUAAAAAUUGCCUCAUACGCAGCAGUAGUUGCAGCAACACAAAUAACGUUACCUCGUUAGCUCAAAUUAUGAGCAAUAGUAAUAGUAGCAAUAGCUCUAAUUCCAUAUUGAAUAAUACUACGAAUAGUAACAGCAACUGUAGCAGCAACAGCAAUUUCAGCUCAAGCAGCAACGACAGCACCAUUAGUAUUACCAGCAACACCAGUGGCGGUAAUCUGAAGAACGGCAAUAAUUUAAUAGCACACGGUAUUAAAAAUGUUCCUGGCAGUGCUACUGCCACAGCAAUUGUAAAGAAGAGUCGACCUAAAUUAUCAUCACCCACCAGACACGGUCCACAACAGUGCCUGAUUUGUAGUAAAAUUUUUGGAAAUGCAUCUGCUUUAGCCAAACACAAAUUGACUCAUAGUGAUGAAAGAAAAUAUGUAUGUGUAAUGUGCUCAAAAGCGUUUAAAAGACAAGAUCAUUUAAAUGGACAUAUGAUGACACAUAGAAAUAAGAAACCCUAUGAAUGUAAAGCUGAAGGUUGUGGAAAAUCAUAUUGUGACGCACGUUCAUUACGCCGUCAUACCGAAAAUCAUCACGCAGGUGUAAUAACUCCACAAAAUCAAACACUUUCUCCAACUGCUGGUACCCCCUCUGGUCUAAGUUUAUCUCCAGCUACAGCAAGUGGUGACGCCAGUUCACCAGACGGUGCAACUUGCAUACGAACUUACAUCUCAAAUGGUGGCACAGUUGUAGAUGCAGCAACUGGUUUGCCAUUAACUGAAGAACAAAUUAAGGCCAUCAAUUUGCCAAUUAAGACAAGUGUCACUCUCUUGUCACCCACGUCAUCGACAUCUUCAGGUGGCGCUUCAAUGUCAGCCGCCUCACCUACCAUUUCGUUAACUGACAACAGCAAUAUGGAGGCCGACGGUUUAACUCGUGAACAAUUAGAUUUGAUUAGCAAAAUAAUGCAGCAAACUAAACAAACUAGUGCUCAAGUUACAGUGUCAUCGUCAACAAGUGUGAAUUCGUAUAAGGUAGAUACCGCAAUCGCACCACCGCAAACCACAAGCCCACAAAGUAUUGUGCAAAAUAGGCCACGCACCUGGAAUAUGCAAUUGUUGAAUACCACGCAAAAUGUAUCAAUCACUGUGGAUGAGGUU